AUGGAUGAUUGGCGAAUUCAACAACAAAGAAUAAAUACGAAUGGUAUUGGCCCAAUUCAUAGUUAUCAUUCACUACAUUCAAGGCCUUCACCAUAUCAGAUCAAUGAAAUAAAACAAACAUAUCCAUAUCAACAAACAUCAGCAAUAUCAGUUAAAACUGAUUCAAAUUCUGAUGUCUAUACUCCUCUUCCUUAUGCACCAACUCAGAUGGAGCAAAUUCAUCAUCAUCAUCAACAACAACAACAACAACAACAACAACAACGUAUAAUAACUAGUAAAUCUACACCCGGUCCAAUAUCUAAUUAUCAUCCUGGUCAUCAACAAAUAAUGUCAGCUCGUACACGUUCAAUGCCUUAUCCAUCACCUUCAAUGUAUGCAACACAUUCUUCUGCAACAGUUUGUCAAUGUAAUUCACAUACACAUUAUCCAUCUCAACAUCAAAUGUUUUAUUCAAAUUAUUAUCAAUCCCAACCAUUAUCAUAUCAACAAAAUACAAAUAUAACAAGACAUGAAAUGAUAAAAAAUAAAAUAAAAUCAAAAACUGACGAACCAUUUCAAUCAUCAACAUCUUAUUAUACAUCAAAUUGUUCAAAUUCAUAUAUUCCAUCUCAACAAUUACAAUCACAAACAUCAUCAAUAUCACAAGAAUAUCAAACAUAUUCAAAUCAAUCACAAAUAUUUCCUAGUCCACCAAGUAAUCCAAGUACACCAUAUCAAGGAGAAUUUAAUGGUAAUACAGAGUUUGGUGUUCCAUAUCAUCAAAGUCAACCAAGUUCUGUUAAUUCACUUACAGAUGCUUUAUGUCCAAGUGGAGAUACAGUUGAUCGUCAAAUGACACCUGGACCACCGAGUGUUGGUACACCUCGUGUUGCACAACAUCAAUAUUCUUUUCCACAAACACCAUUAACACCAACAACAUCAAGAUUAACAAAUGAACAAAAUAUCGAUGAACUUACCGCAUUUCUACAAGAUCCAAUCAAUACUUAUUUAACAGAAGAUUUAACAUCAACACUUUUUGAUGAUAUUGAAGCAUUAGCUGAUACGUAUUUAGGUGGAAGAGGAAGUGCACAACAAUCAAAUAUUGACACUAAUUUAGAUUAUGAUAUUAUUUUAAAUUACCUAUGCUCGGAUGAUCUUAUAAGUACGAUGUAUAAAAAUUGA